UUAAAAAUCUUUGGUUAAAGUAACACGUAGCUGUAUCACAUUCUCAACGUGGCAUAUUUCGAAAAAUAUAGAUUUUUCAAAACACUAGCCUUUUGAAUUGAACAAAAAUGAAUUUUUAUUUUUCGCUUCUUAAUUUAUACUUGUUCCAUUCAGUUUUUGGUUUUAGAAGAUCAGAUUUUAGAGAUGGAGAAUUUACUGACAGGAUAGUAUUCACAACAUCAAGAGAAGACGAUCCAAACAUAUGGUUUAAUAAGGAACAUCCGGGAUUUGAGUAUAUCGAGCAGUUUCGGAUAGGACAAGAAGUAUAUAUCAAAGCACAGAUCCGACAGACAAGAACAAAAGAAAAACUGAGUACUCUUAGAGAAGACACUAAUGUAAAUCUAUUGAGACAAAGUCCAGGGAUUAAAUGGGUUCAACAAGAAAUAGGCUAUGUCAGAGUACCAAGAACAGUGGAUUCAGAAUGGAAUAAUCUUUGGUAUUUGAAUGACGAUGUUACCCCAACAAUGAAGGUCAGUAGCGCCUGGUCAGCAGGUUACUCUGGUUCUGGUAUCGUCAUUGCAGUAUUGGAUGAUGGAUUACAAACCGACCAUCCUGAUCUUGCUGCAAAUGUUGAUACUACCAAUGAUAAAGACAUUUAUAGUUCCGAUGAUGAUCCAAAGCCGCCUUCAGGCAAAAGUCAUGGUACACAAGUAAGUGGAUUGAUUGCAGCGGUGAAAGAUAACAAUAUUUGUGUAGUCGGUGUCGCAUUUAGUUCCACUCUCAUAGGAGUUCGGAUAUUGGGUUCCCAUGCUAUAUCAGAUUCAGAUGAAGCUCAAGGUCUUUCUCACUAUCUGUCAAAUGUCGAUAUAUACAGCAAUAGCUGGGGACCUGGUGACGGUACUGGUUUUAAUGGUCCUGGUUCACUGACAAAGGCAGCACUGCUGGAUGGAGUGACUAAUGGAAGGAACGGUAAAGGUGCUAUUUACAUAUGGUCAGCAGGUAAUGGAGGUACUGCAGACAACUGUAAUGCUGACGGCUAUGUCAAUAGUAUUUAUACUGUAGCCAUUUCUAGUGCAACGAUUGGUCAAAAUGCAUGGUACUCUGAAGUAUGUGCUCCUGCCUUAGCUGUAACAUAUGGUGGAAGUGAGAAUGACAGGUACCUGACAACAACUACAAUAGAAUCAGGAUGUAAAAGUGAUGGUAUCCAGGGGACGUCGUACGCAGCACCCUUAGCGUCUGGUAUAAUUGCUCUAACACUGGAGGCGAAUUCCGAUCUAACUUGGAGAGACAUCCAACAUCUGAUUGUUUUUACAUCAAACAGGACUAGUUUGAAUGACACCUACUACUCUGAUUGGUCAAUUAACGGGGCAAAUAAAGAAUUCAGUCAGAUUCUUGGUUUUGGUUUAAUGGACGCUGAUGCUAUGGUGAGCAAUGGUAAAAUCUGGGUAACAGUUCCAACACAACAAACGUGCACCACAUCUACAAUUUCUAUUUCCUUUGGAUUUACUGUCCCAAUCAUUUAUUUCAUUACUGUAACCUCUGGUGACUGCCCAUCUAUAAAAUACCUUGAACACGUGGUUGCACAUAUAACAUUCUCCUACUCAAGCUUAAGAGGGGUUACUCAGUUGUAUUUGGUAUCACCGUCUGGUACAAGAAGUCAUCUCUUACACUACAGACAUCAGGACGCUAUAGAUAAUGGAGCAGCAGGGAGUCUAACCUGGGAUUUUAUGUCAGUUCAUUUUUGGAAGGAAAAUCUCAUUGGAACCUGGUCCCUGGAAAUAAGUCCGAAUCUAACUACUGUAACUGUAGCCUUAGACACCUUGUCCCUUACAUUUUACGGAACUACAACAGACCCAUGGCCAGCACAAGAAAGUGACGUCGUAACAACAGAACCAACUACUGACGCUGUAACAACACCAAAAAUAACUACUGACACCAUAACAACAGAAGCAACAACUACUGCUGAAAUACCAACAACAAAAACAACUACAGACGCCAUAGCAAUAACAAAAACUACUUCUAACACCAAAAUUACAUCCCCAAAUAUUGUAGAGCCACAAGAUACUCCUUUUACUUCACCAGUUACACCCGUUACUCCGGAAACAAACACUAUGAAUACUACCAAUAGCACUAGCAAUGUCGGAUCAAGAUCUGCAAGCGAUAAUACAGCUAUUAUAGCAGGGACCGUUACAAGUGCUGCUGUAGUGGUUUCUGCUGUCACAUUCUUUGUAUUACGUAAGGUUUGUUGUGGUACAGCUGCUGGAAAUCCUGCCGUACAUCCAUCAAUCUAGGAAGAAGAUGACACUUAACAAUGAUAUCACAACACAUAAUCAAAAUAAACACGGAAAGUCAGACAUUUUCAAACGGAUACUUGUUUCUAUAUUAUAAGAGAGUUCAUAACUCUAUCUUUAUAUUGACUUAACAGUAUAUUUCUUCCUCUUUUAUGAACGUUAAAUGCAAAGUACGUGUACGCAAAAUUUACAGAGUGAAUGCAAAGUACGUGUACACAUAAUUUUCAGAGUGAUAUAUUUGUUUUUAGGAACAGAAAUGCUCAAUCCUUUAGGUAUUGUUUCCAAUAAUGAGAUGUGAAAUGGUUGCCGAUUGUUUUUGUUUUUAGAGUUUUUUAAGAAUACAAGGAGAAAUACUUGAUAAUGAGCUGUUUAUAGCCUUGACUUAUGUUUUUUGUGGUAUUAGCUACUGUCUCCUUUUGGCAGUCAUUUAUUAGAUCUCUUUUUUUUAUAUUGGUACUGUAAUUUUAUAUUUUUCUACUUUUUUUUUAUUUUUCAAUUAAUUGAUUUGAAAUGUGAUUUGUAGAUAACUUGUGUUAACAAUGUUUUAUUUCUCCCAAUUCUAAUAGUUUACCAGCUACCUCAAUUCAUGUAAAACUUCACGUUACUUUGUUGUAUAAAGUUUGUCCUAUCAAAUUAUAAGCUGGUAUCAUGUUUUUCUGAAAUUGAAUAUUUAGAUUUAUAUUAAGCGAUAGCUGGAAAAGAAAUCACAGACUCAAAUCCAUUUUGAACUGAUCCCUUAAGGAGCAAAAGAAAUUUCCUGUCCAGCUUUUACAAAAUUUACACAUUGCAAUGUUUUGGAACUGCAUUUCAUUGGCAUCAUUUUACCUACGUUUUUAUGCGUCUUUAUUGAUAUGAUUCAUAGCUCCACUGUUAACAUAAGCAGUCCCAUCGCAUACAAAUGAAAAAUUGUAGCUUCCUUUUAUUCUUCAUUGAACCAUGUAAGUAAAGUCCUUUGAAGAAACAGUAGAAAUUCCUAACAAGCCUGAAUCACAAUCGGUCUUCAGCAAACGAUUUAUCGGAGGAUGUCACUGUGUCCUAACAUGCCGGAAUCAUAAUCGGUCUUCAGCAAAUGAUUAAUUGGACAAUGAAACUGUGUUCUGACAUGCCGGAAGCACAAACGGUCUUCAGCAGACGAUUUGUCGGAGAAUGUCACUGUGUCCUAACAUGCUGGAAUCACAAUCUGUCUUUAGCAAACAAUUUAUUGGAGAACGUCACUGUUUUCUAACAUGCCGGAAUCCCAUUCGGUCUUCAGCCAACGAUUUAUUUGAGAAUUUCACUGUCUUGCUCGGUUUGUUGUUGAUAUUUUACACUUUAAAAUAAUGUUUCAAAAUUUGUUUAACACAUAUCGGUCAGUUUUAUCCUAUGCUCAUCCAUUUUACACGAAUUUGCUUUUGAUAAGACGUUUGAAAAACAAGAUUCCAUAUUUAGUAAUAUUGAAUAUUUCUGUAAUAUUUUCUUGUUUACUAUAUCUGGUUAUACUAACUUAGUAUUAUGAAUUAUAAAUUUUAAAUCUUGUUAUGUGGGAAUGAUUUAAUAUUGAAUUGUUAAUAACAUUUUUUGUGGUGUACAUGUGUUAUUCCAUUUGCAGGAAUUCAAUUUAUAUAAGUUGUUCUUUUCAUAUUUAAACAAGGCAAAUGCGUAUAUGUAAAUGCAGCAUACAGAAAUUUAUCAGGCCACCCUUAAAAAUUCUUUGUUUGAUGUUGCCUACCCAUGCCUUGUAGGGUUAUAACAAAAACUCUUUAUUGUAUAUUUAUACAUCACAAAAAAAAAAAAAAAAAAAAACGAACCUCAUCCAUUGGAGUCACAAUUUCUAUUGCAUGCAACUUUUAAAAAAUAUUUCAAAUGUUAAAAUUUUAACACAACGUUUCUGACGUCAUAAAGACAAAAUUCUUUGAAAAAGUAGAAGUUUCUUAAUUUCAAUUUUUGACAUCUCAAAAACACAUUCGUGACAUGCUUGAAAUUAUAAUGCAUAGAUUUUUAAACAUAAUGUUUUGUAUUUAUAAAACAUUACGUGGGUAAAUGUACUUAUGAAGCAGAUAUUUUGAUAUACAUAUGUACGUGAUGAUUCCCCUUUUUAAUCAUAUACGUACUGUAACUGUGAUAUUAUUUUUUACAUUUUUGUUAAUAAAACAGUUGAACAAUGCGACUUCCUAACCAAUUGUUUGUGCUAUAAAUCCAAAAUAAAACAUGACUACACA